CAGUUGUAUAUCAUUGACAAAGAAAGGUCAAAAAUGAAGAUUACUCAUUCAAAAAGUCAACUACUGGGGAUUGUUUCUGUGUUUGCUAUGUUCAUCUUCUCCAAUGGGAGAACCAUCAACUCAAACAAUGAGUUGAUCAGAGCCGUUAAUCUUGGAGGCUGGCUCGUUGCUGAAGGCUGGAUGAAACCUUCUCUCUUUGAUUCCAUCCCAAACAAAGAUUUCUUGGAUGGAGUUGCACUUCAGUUUAAAUCAGUCACAACCGGAAAAUUCCUUGCUGCAGAGCUCGGCGGUGGUUCAAUCAUCGUCGCCAACCGUACAUCUGCUUCCGGAUGGGAAACUUUUCGGUUAUGGAGGAUCAAUGAGACCAGUUUUCACGUAAGAGUGUUCAGCAAACAGUUUCUAGAAAUUGAAUCGAUGGGAGCCAAAGUGGUCGCUACUUCUACAGAUUCUGAAACAUCUGGGAUUUUCCAGAUUAUUAGAAAAUCUGAUGAUCCAAGUCGUGUUCGGAUCAAAGCACCAAAUGGGUUGUUCUUGCAGGCAAAAACCGAAGACCUUGUUACAGCUGAUUCAAAUGGAAAUGGACAAUGGGGAAAUAACGAUCCUUCGGUGUUUGAAAUGACGAUUGGACAAGGAUUUCAAGGAGAGUAUCAAGUUACUAAUGGUUAUGGUCCUCUGAAAGCACCAAAAAUCAUGAAAGAUCAUUGGGACACAUUCAUAGUGGAAAAAGACUUUAGUUUUAUAGCGGAUAGUGGAUUAAACGCUGUGAGGAUUCCGGUAGGGUGGUGGACAGCCAAAGAUCCAACACCACCAAAACCUUACGUAGGAGGAUCGUUGGAAGUCCUUGAUAGGGCCUUCUUAUGGGCAAAGAAAUAUAAUUUGAAGGUGAUUUUGGAUCUACAUGCUGCGCCAGGGUCACAAAAUGGUUUUGAGCAUAGCUCUACUCGUGAUGGUUCUGUUGAAUGGGGCCAAACCGAUGAAUCCAUAGAAGAAUCGGUUCGCGUCAUAGAGUUCUAUACUGCUAGGUAUGCGACAAAUCCAAGUUUAUAUGCAGUUGAGCUCAUAAACGAGCCUAAUGCAUUUGGAGUCUCGCUAAGCGUGUUGACAAAGUUUUACAAUGAUGCAUAUACAGUUGUUCGAAGGCAUGCUCCCAAUGCUUUCGUAAUUCUAUCGAACCGGCUUAGUGGAGAACCAAAAGAGCUUUUUCCUCUUGCAAGCGGCAUGAAGGACGUGGUCAUUGAUGUUCAUUACUACAAUCUUUUUUGGGAUAUUUUCAAUGACAUGACUAUCGACCAAAACAUCGAUUUUAUCAAAACAAACCGUUCUGCUGAGCUACAAGACAUCACGACAUCAAAUGGACCACUAACUUUUGUUGGGGAAUGGGUGGCUGAGUGGCAAGUAAGAGGAGCUACUAAAGAGGACUAUCAACGAUUUUCAGAAGCUCAACUACAAGUGUGGGGGCAAGCUAGCUUUGGGUGGGCUUAUUGGUCACUUAAAAACAUCAACAACAAUUGGAGCAUGGAUUGGAUGAUAAAAAAUGGCUACAUUAACCUUUAGAAGUUUAAAGAAUUCUUCUUUUGUUGUUCAACAUAUUAGUUCUCAUAUAUUUGCAAUAAACAAUAGGAUGACAAAGAUACAUUUUGUUAUUAUAUAUUUAUACUGGGAAAGAACCAAAUAAAUUAAUCAUUAGUAA